AUGUGUCGAUACAUCUGUGUAACCUACCGCUGCCAGCACCGCGAGCUCUUCGCCGGUCCCAACUGCCUAAAGGUGAGCUUCCAGCUCUACCAAAUCGAGCGUGACGCUUCGGCAUGGACCUCUGAGGGCCGCAAGGCCUUGCCCUUCACCUGGGCUGAUGAUUGUAACCCCAACUGCAACAAUAUCACCGAGUUCAUCUGUCGAGACUUCUGCGGAUGGGAGUGUCGGAACAGUUACCCUGGCAAUCACACCCGCGUCCCCAUCCAAGCCGCCGGCACCGAGAAGCUCGAGGUUUUUCACACCCGCGCCGGUGCCGGACCUUGGCAUGUCCACAUCGCCGGUGGCCGAGAGUCCAACGUCAACCUCAACCCUGAGCCCAACGCCACUUCCGCUUCUGGAAACGCAGGACAGGCAAUCAAUCUCACUACAGCGAGUGGAGAGGCUGCUGGAGAGUACGUUCUGCAGCGAGUCAUGCGAAUCGGAUCAAGAUUCGCCGCGUAUGGAGUCCCGCGAAGUGGAAUUGGUUGGUUCUUUGUCACGCACGACGAGUCUUGGCUUGGCCAGUUCACUCAAUUCCCUAGGGACAAGUUCCUCAUCGAGAAGUAA